CGGCGGCGGACCAAUGGCCAGGGCUGUCUUUCAUCGCUGCCCGCGGUUUGAAACUGUCAAGUGGCUGCUAGGGUAGCAGCUGGGCUUGCUGCGGUGGCGGCGGCGGCGGCGGCGACGGCGCUGGGGGCCCCGCGAGUGAGGAGUCGGGGUUUGGCGGAGAAGGUUAGAGAGAACUGCGAGUGUGAUGGAAUAAUGUGUGUCACCCACUAAAGCAAGCAUCAUUCUUCUGCUUCGUUUCUGAACCCAGAGACUGUGAGGAAAUGCUACUGUUGUCCAUUCUCAAGAUGACUGGAUCCAUGGAUGUGGAAACCCAGGGACACUGAAGGCUGACUGUACUGCAUGCCCACAGCUUUACCCAGUACUUCCGGGGCCACUUCAUGCCAGUACACCUGGUACUGAGCUCAUUCAUCGUCCAUCCUCCAAGAGUCACCUUCCUGCAUUCCUCACUCUGUGUCUGUGCAGGAUGUCAUCUGAUGAGGAUAAAUAUUCAGUCCAUGUUGCUCACAAUAACUCUGAUCCUGAUAGUUCGGUCUCCACAGACCUUCAGGAAGAGUAUGAAGAACUGCUUCGCUACGCUAUUGUGAAUCCAAAUGUUGACUCCAGUGCUUCCCAGCCGUCUCAUCCGAAGGGAGAAGGGGCACCAGAUAGAUUUCCUGCGCUCGCGGGAAAUAACCCUGUAAAAGAAACUGCAAUGGAAGUUGGAAAAGGAUGUGACAUGUCCAGCCAUUCAAAAUCAGGGGCAUCCCCGGUCCUGUCACCCAGGAAGGUCUCUCAUCCAGUCAUGGAUUUUUUCAGUUCACAUGUUUUAGGUGACUCUUCCUCACCAGCCUCUGCUUCUACUCGUACAGAUGCCCAUGAAAUGAUUGUGGGCGACCGUCUUGUUUCUGAUGAAAAUCUUCAGAAGGUGGAGAAUGUACUUGACCUCUGGAGUUCAGGUCUGAAGACAAACAUUAUAUCCGAACUAAGUAAGUGGAGACUUAAUUUUAUUGACUGGCACCGCAUGGAGAUGAAGAAAGAGAAGGAGAGGCAUGCGGCACUUGUAAAGCAGCUCUCCAGCCAGAUCGCGGACUUGAAGGAGCUGCAGAAAGCUUUUGAAGUUUCCAUCGGAAGAAAGGAUGAGGUGAUUUCCAGCUUGUCUCAUGCCAUCGGCAAGCAAAAGGAAAGGAUAGAGUUAAUGAAAACCUUCUUCCACUGGCGAAUCGGCCAUGUCAAAGCAAGACAGGAAGUCUAUGAAGGUAAACUGGCUGACCAGUACUUCCAGAGAACUUUGCUGAAGAAAGUCUGGAAGGGCUGGCGUUCCGUGGUGCAGAGGCAGUGGAAAGAAGUGGUGGAGCGCGCGUGCCAGGCAAGGGCUGAAGAAGUCUGUGUGCAGCUCUCCAAUGACUAUGAAGCCAAACUUGCCAUGUUAUCUGGAGCUUUGGAAAAUGCAAAAGCUGAGAUUCAAAGAAUGCAACAAGAAAAAGAGCACUUUGAAGACUCUAUGAAGAAAGCAUUCAUGAGGGGAGUAUGCGCAUUAAACCUUGAAGCCAUGACCAUAUUUCAGAACAAAAAUGAUGCAGGGAUAGACUUCGCGAGUAAUAAAAAGGAAGAGAGUGGCCCUGGUGGUCCGGGAAGAGAACUUUCUGCUCAUUUGGAUACUUCUUCAUCUACAAUACCGUCAGCAAUGCCGUCAGCAGUUCCGUCACAGCUGCUGCCAUCUGCAGCAGCAGGAGUGGCCAGCGCCACGGUCAUUCCCUCCGCCGCCUCCAUGACCUCUGCUGGAGCUACAUCUGCCUCUUCUGUUCACAUUCCUGUCUCUGUUCUUGGGGCAGGACCCGCAGCUGCUGCUGCCCCGGAGGAAAUGUACAUGCCAAGAGUUGUGACUUCAGCACAGCAGAAGGCUGGGAAGACAAUUACAGCUCGGAUCACCGGACGGUGUGAUUUUGCUUCCAAAACUAGAAUCAACAGCAGUUUGGCUAUCAUGGGAGUUUCUCCUCCCAUGAGCUCGGUUGUCGUGGAGAAGCAUCAUCCAGUCACAGUGCAAACCAUUCCUCAGGCAGCUGCUGCUAAGUACCCACGGACCAUCCAUUCCGAAGGCGGCAUCCCAGCUUCUAGGUCUCUCGGAGCCAGGCCAACACACACCCAGUCUCUCUCCAGUGUUCAGUCCAUAAAAGUGGUUGACUGAGUGACUGUGUUCACACUCAGGCUUUUCAGUCCUCUGAUAAGGACUUGACUGGGAGCAAGAAGAUUUCGUUUUUGACUUUUCUGUGCUCUUAGAACAUCAUGGACACAUCAUGUUCAUCUUUUCAAAAUUCUAAGAGACUUUCCCAUCCUUUGUAACUGUAUGUAGAGAUUAUUUUAAUGUUGUUAUUUUUAUUUAAACAAUUAAGUAGAAGUUUUUAAUUAAAAAAAAAAAAAAAAACUUGGUUCUAAACAU